AUGAUAAUCGCCACUAUCGAAGAUGUACCAUUGUACAAUAAUUCAUUGCGCAUUAUGAAAUUUUGGUCAUUUCUUUUGCGUCAUGAUUGGCGGCGUUAUUUUAGUUUAAUUCCGUAUAUCAUUUUGACGACGUCGCAGUUUGUGGAUUUGUUUUUUAGUACCGAACCGAUGGAUGCCAUUAUACGAAAUGCCUAUUUGGCGGUGUUAUUUUUCAACACCACGCUGCGUGGUAUUGCUGUGUGUAUUUAUCGUUCGAAAUAUGAAGCAUUUUUGGAAAGGAUACGUAUAUUGUAUAUUGAUAUGAUGCAAUCGGAAGACAAAUGGGUGAGACAAGAAUUAGAAGCGAUUACUAAGGCCGCUAACAAUAUUUCUAGAGUGAAUUUGGUUAUGGGUACAUGUUCGGUCAUAAGUUUCUUGAUAUAUCCCAUAUUUGCCACAACUAAAGUUUUACCCUUUGGCAUUUAUGUACCCGGUGUGGAUAAAAAUGUGUCGCCAUACUAUGAAAUCUGCUUCAUAAUACAGACGAUAAUGGCUCCGAUUGGCUGUUGCAUGUUUAUACCGUUUACCAAUAUGAUUGUGGCCAUAAUGUUGUUUGCAAUAUUAAUGUGUCGUCGAAUGCAAAGAAAAUUGCGACAUUUAUGUGAUGUGACUCGCGAGGAGGCAAAGGAGACGAUUAUUUGGUGCAUACAAUAUCAAACACAAUUAAUAAGAUAUGUUAAUACCAUCAACGAUUUGAUUACCUAUACAAAUUUGUUGGAGUUUUUAGCUUUUGGAGCCAUGCUUUGUGCCAUGAUGUUUACACUGGUCACGGUCGAGACCGACAGUCAAAGGCUUUUAAUUUGUGUUUAUAUUCUGAUGAUAUUCGCCCAAAGCACAAUUCUUUAUUAUUAUGCCAAUAAGGUGUUCGAUGAGGGCUUGAAUAUUGCAACGGCAGCCUACGAAAGUGAAUGGUUUGAUGUUGAUGUGGACACCCAGAAUACUUUGCGUUUGUUAAUACUUCGAGCCCAGAAACCAUGUGCGAUAUUGGUUGGUCGGAUUUAUCCCAUGAAUUUGGAACUAUUGCAAUCAUUGCUCAAUACAACCUACACUUAUUUUAACUUGCUGAGAAAUGUAUACGAUUAAAUUAUUU